CAUGGUAAUCAUGGAUGGGAGGAUGGGAUGGAGAGAGCCAGCCGUUGGUUGGCGUUGGGGAGUGGGGCUCUCGGGCCAAAAAAGACAAAAAAAAAAAGGCCAUGCAUGCUUCGCGACGGCGGCCAUCAGAACGCCCCUUUCUCCCCCCUUCCAUCUCCAUGCGACAACUCUCUUCGCACGCCACAGGCCGUAGACGGCGAUGCUCUCAGUAGGCUUGUCAAGGAUGCCUGGCCUUGCAAGUCCACGCCGGCCGGGCUGAGCUGCAAUGGCCUCAUUGGGAUGGGAGCAGUGACUGGAGGGCAGAAAGCGGCAGAAGCCAAUGGGCAGAGGCCGAGCCAGGGGCAGGGUCAGCCGAGAAAGCCGUCAUCCGAUCCAUAUGGCAUCCAUCCAAGAUAGUCUUCUUCUCUCCACGAUUAUUGAUUGUUAUUUUUAUUCUCUUUAUGCUGAUUCGGCCCCCCGUUUUUGCUCCUCCUCCCACACAAGCCCUCCAAUCCUCAGUCGUCUGCUUUUUUAGCACUCGCGUUGCUUGGCGCGAACCGGUCAGCACAACGUUCGGCGACACGUCUGGGGGAGUCAGCUUCUGGUUGAGGUGACGGGAAUGGGGAAUGGAUGGCACGGUCAAGCAGGCCAGAAGCAAAGAGGACGAAAAAAAAAAAAAAAAAAAAGAAAGUAGAAACAAGGCGGCUGGCAGAAAUGGGAAAGGCGCAGAGUCAACCAAGCAUGAGAAAUGCGAGACGCGAUAGGCGGCGCAAGCCUUCUUUCCGUGGCGCCCUUCAGCAACGGCUGCCACUCGGGACCGGAGAGCUCUCCCUUUCGAGACUCACUAGGGCUUCGCCGAGAUGAUCCGUAUCUAGGUACAUGGCUGCUUCAGGUGCCUGGCAGCUGGAGCCACCGACACCCUUGUUGACCACGGCUCAAGAUAGUGGCAGUGCAAGAUAGCUUGUAGACCGGUUUGUUCGCCGUUGUUUGUUGUUGGCUGGGGGUGUCGCAUGUGUCUUUGUCUGCGGCGUGUGUGGGCAUCCAAAUCAGGUCAAUGCACACGGACCAGCUACCGAAGGCAACACAUGCGGGCCAUGUCGCUUGGCCUCAAAUUCUUGGCAACAACCACCACCCCCCGUGCCUGCACCGAGAGGCGGUUAGCCCCACGGCCAUGGGGGGAGAUGGGGGAGCACAGGCCGAGAGUGUGAGGGCUGCUUGCUUGCUUGCUUGCCUGCUUGCUUGCUGCUGGCCGCUGGGCUGGCGGCCUGCGUG